AUGUGUAUUACAUUUUUCAAAACUGCUCGGUCUUCUCUUGAUAAAUACAAACUUAUUCUUUUGAACAAUCGAGAUGAACAUCUUCUUCGUCCGACGAGAGAAAUGCAUUGGCAUGAUGGAAUUCUCAGUGGAGUUGAUGAGCAAGACCAUGCCCGCGGAACAUGGACCGGAAUAAACAGGAAUGGUAGAAUCGGAAUGAUGCUUUCUAUUACUCAAACUCAAGAAUCAAAAAUUCCGAAUGCUCCAAGUAGAGGAGGAAUUGUUAACUCAUUUCUAAAUGCUCAUAAUACUUCUGACAUGGUCGAAUCGCUACUGAUAAUGGCUGGAAUCUACAAUGGAUUUCAGCUUGUUUGUCUGGAACAAAAUCAGUUUGGAUUAUACGAAGUUAGAACAUUAACCAAUCAACAAGUGGAAAAUAUUGAGGUUUGCCAGUGGAAUGAUGAAUACCAUGUCAUAUCUAAUAGUCCUCCAUCGAAGCCAUAUCAGAAAGCUGUUUACGGAAAACAAUUGUUUUCCGAACGUCUACAAUAUAGCGAUGAAAUGACUGUUGACGAAGUUUUUGAAACUUUGUUAGAAAUCGCAGUGAACAGAAAGCAGUGUUACCCAGAUGCUCAACUUCAGUUUCAAACUCGAAAUACACACGAGUACAACCGUCCAUUGUCUGCAAUUUUCAUAAAAUAUCCAGAAGGAACUAGGGAAUAUGGAACUCGAUGUCACACUCUUAUCACCAUCGAUCAAAAUAAUAAGGUGUCAGUCUUAGAGAGAAGAUAUCUGCCACUGGAAUCCACUUGGAAAGAUGCCAGAUUUGAAUUCUCUAUCAACGGAAACUGA